AUGGCGCAACAAGUCGACUGGCUCGGCCCCUUCAUUGAGCAAGAACUCCAGGCUGUCGUGAAGUGGAAGCGAAGCAGACAAAACAACACAAAAUCGUCUACGGAGAAGACACGCUUUAGCGAUGAUGGGAGCAACUUCUACAGCGACGCAGAGGCUGAACAAUUGCCCGAAGACGCGAAAGUCCAGGUUCUGAAGAUGCUCACGAAGGAUGACGUCGUGAUUGUGCUUGUAUCCGACGGCUUCACUGUGGUGAAAGCUCUUUUGUCACAGGAUGCAGUCGCUAUAUUACAGGACGAGAUAGAUGACGAGGUCAACGAAGAUACCAAGGGUGAUGUUCUUGCUAUUCGAGAAGCCACUGUUGUCAGCACACCUCUUGGCCCUCCGGAAGGAUUCAUUCACCUAAGGAUCGAGUCCGUUAAAUACUGCCAUCACCUUCGGAAACUUCACAAAACAGCCAGAGCAGUCGAGCAGGUUGAAGCCGUCCGACGCUUGAUUGAUGGCGAUCUGACCGAUGUCGUCAAUCGACAGUACGCCAUAAAUGAAGGCACGGCAGACGAGCCCUACGACCUCACGAACGACGAAGCUACGACGGGUGGUAAUGAUGAUGUGCAAACAGCUACCAGAGCAGCGCGACAGGCACUCACACCAUCACAGCAGUCUAGCCGAGCAUCACAAGUCUUGCUGGCCAGGCAAUCGACGUCACCCUCUCAAGGCUCGAAAGGGGCGGUUGCUACUCAAAUUUCUUACAAGAAACCCACCGGACCAAAUCUACGUACCGAUGGCCUCCAGAUGGAGAACGGAGUAAAUCUGCAGCGACCUCAAGGCGCAACGUUUCGCAGUAGCCCAACUGCGCGACUACCGCACCGUUCGCCACCCAAGCCAGUCACAGUAGAUAGCACGACGAAGCAUCUGCUUGGUCUGCUUGGUAACAAACGAGUCGCUGUGGACCCUCCUCACGCUCCAGCGCCUCCCGCUAAAUCUGCGAGAUUCGAAUCGCCAGCCGCAGAAGCGCAGCUCCAAGGCAAGCACUCUUCGCCGCCAUCUAGAGCCUUAGCACCCCAGACAAGCGAAGGGAGAACUGAAGCUGCACCUGCUCCAGCUACGCCUGUCCCGGUGUCGCAUCCUGAAACAGCACCUCAGAAAAGUCGAGAAGCGGAAAGUACGUCUGACCGUGUCCUAGCCACUGCCAAUGAUACUCCUGAUAUGAACGGGGACAGCUCGGCUACUAAGCAGAUUACGUUGCCGACUCAACAAGGUAAGAAUCAGCUCGGAUCCACACGUCGGGUACAUCGCCCACGGCCAAUCCCACGAGACCAGCAGGAACUUUUGGAUCUGGAAACCUCAUGGAUCCCAGCAAAGCCGGGCAAGCGAUUUCCACAUCCCAACGUACCAGCAAGAUAUUUACAGCGAUGGAUUGCUGAAGCUGCGGCUGCACGGCAACAAGCCGAACCUGAGAGGCGCCAGGCUCCCGAUGCGCCAAGCAAGGAGGCCGUUGAAAAGGAGAGUAGCUCUUCUGACUCCGCCUCACUGUCGUCCUCUGAAGAAGAGGAUGGGGAAGAGGAGGAGGGAGAGGAGGAGGAGGACAGCCUGAUCCCAGGCUGGGAGCAAACUCCAACCCAGCGAGGGAAGGUACUACCACCCGAUAGUACCAUGGAAAGCAACAGUCAAGUCUCCAUGGUCAAUUAUCAGAAAACCCCGGUGCAAGCAAGUAGCUCACAAAGCAACCGAGCUUCACCGUCUGCAACUCAGCAGCGCUCAAACCAAGUCGCAACGCAGCAAAGCAGUGCCCAGGAUAUCUCACAGCGAUCACACAAUACUGUCGACGUAGACCGCAACGUAAGGUCGCAAACUCCACGCACCUGGACGAAAGAUGAGGAUGCUCGGGUGAUGGUUGGUACUCGCAAAGGCAAGACGGACAUGGAGAUCGUGAUUGAUUACAGGAUGAAUCGCUCACCGAAGGACAUUGCUUCCCGGAGGCGGGUCUUGCUGCAGAAGUAUCCUGACGAAAUGGCACCGACGACGCCGACCAAGGUUCACGACUCUCACUCCACCGAUGGACGGCCAUCUACAAGCUCCUCCCGACACUCGGCUGGCGAUCAUUCGAUGUCCAGGUCUCGUACGUCCGAUCGUUACAUGCCGAACCCCAGCUGGAGUCGAUACCAGCACUCACCUCCGCACAAUGGUCCGCCGCCAUCUUCAAGACGUAGCUCGCAAAGGCAUAACGGCUCUUCGGUAAGAAGACAUUCCGGCCAUCAGCUUGAUGGCGCAUCCGAUGAAGUAGAUGUCCCCGUCUCUUCGCUUCGAUGGCAUCAAACUCCUGUUGGCCAAGCAUCCGACACAGUCGUGAAAGCUACACCGGCAAAUGGAGAGAACGAAGAUGAUGACAUGGGAAUGAGCGUUCCACGCUCGCUCGAAGAAGACCCGAUCCUGGCGCAUCGUCAAAAACGGAGAGAGCAUUUCGCAAGCUCGCACAUUCAGAGGCGGAAAGACUGGUUCUCGCAAAUCUACACCGCCUACCGGAAGGCUCGCCCAAAAGACUCUGUCAGCCCUUCUGCGCUCUCUGAAGCCAUCGCGGAUAUCUUCCCGGACACCGAACCUCGCAGAGAAAACUCGAUCUCGCAAUCGAAUGUAGGCUCGUCUCCGCCGCAAGCCACAGCACGGAGGGCUGAUCUGGAUGGCGCAGCCGAUGCACCUAAAGUUGCGCAGUCAGGGCAGCCCAAACAUGCACCCAGCAACGGAGCGGGACCCAUCAAGACCACGAAAGUCAGCAUGGCAUUAGCAGGGUCUAGUGCAGCGAAAUCCAGCGGACGACCGUCGCUCUUUGCACAAUUUGCUAGUCCUUCGCAUCAAGCGAUUGAGAGCACGAAGGUCACACCCACCUCGCAGCCAUCUCGUAAACAGCUUCGUUGGACCUGCGAGGCCGAGAUGUCUCGAAGCGUCUCCACCUCUACUCUAUCUGCGAGCGAGUGUCAACCAUUUAGCAGAAGCGGUCAGCCCGGCAGUGCCAGGCACGUACCCACUGCAGGGACAACACCACUCGAGAAGCAAAGCAACGGGACUACAUCUAAGUCAGCUGAUGGGACGAUGAAGUCUGCAUCGAGAAACAAACCGCACAAGCGACACACCGAACCGCCAGAGGGUGCCAGUCACGAGCGCGAAGGCUACUUCACAGAGUUCGUCGAUUCGAUGAAGAGACUCAAGCCGGGAGGCGCAUUUGCCAUCCCCAAAGAGCAGCAGAAGAAGCCAGCAGGAAAAAAGCAGUUCAGUGUUCUCUCUUGGGAGCUAUAG